AUGCUGCAGCAGUGCGUGAUCUUGGCGCUCGCGUUGGCUUCUGCCUACGUUAUCGCGUCCGUGACCAUUGGCAUUCGCUCUUCAGCGCUGCGCAUGUUGCUGCUCAACCUGAUAGGCUUCUUCCAAGGUGUCAACGUCAAGUGGGUGAGCGAUCCAGACCUCGCAAUUCGAGUGCUAAAAGCGAGUGGAGACAAGGGCGACUUAAUCGAGUCCCUGCUGUCGCUACCGGCCUGGAAGCCCGUCGUCUCGCUCGAGUCGGUCAAUGGAGAGCAGUGGCGACGGAUGAAGUCCCAGUUCACGAAAUUUACACAAGUUUUACAGCCGGUAUCCGAGCUCACCACUAUUUUUGAGACCCGCGGUCGAGAAUUGCUCGAGUCUAACACGGUGAUCGAUGCGAUCAAGUUGAACGAGCUGUCGGUCGCUUGUUUCUACGAGUGGGUCUUUGAGCGAGAGUUCGACCGCGAACAUCUCGCGGUCGUGUGCCAAGCGACGUGGGAGUGGCGCAAGCAGCUCGCGAUCAAAGGCGUCGGGGACUGUGAGGUGAAGCAACGCACGGUGGAGUGGUGUGUGGAGGAGGUUCGACGUACUCCGAGACUGUACGAGGUGUUUAGGGAGAAGUGGGCGGAGCCGGAGUUCUACUCGCUCAUUUUGCAGCCAUUUGUGGUCUCGCCGGCGAUUAACUUGACGGACGUCGCUGUGGUAGUUGGCGAAUGGGUCAAGUUGGCACCGCCCGAGCAGCAGAUCACGCCCGAGAUUAUCCGACAAUGCGUUUGCAGUGCGCACCCGUUCCCUGUGCUCGAGCGGUAUUUCCCUGAUGGGGACGCAGCGCUGGGCAUCGCUCCGAACACGCACAUUUUGAUCCCGCUUGAUGAAAUGGCAGGCGACGCUUUUGCUGCGGGCGUCGACUUGACGUUCGGUGCUGGGUCUCGAGUGUGUGUGGGACGUCACAUGGCAAUGAAAGCAAUGAUGGGGCUAUUUACGGACUCUUUCGUGCGCUCGGACUUGUUCCAACCGAUGCUGGGCCACAAGUACUCGGGGCGCAAUAACGAUGGGGAGGAGACGGUCUCGGAAACUCUUUAUCAAGUGAAGUUUGCGAUUCGAAUUGUCGGCGGUGCUGCUGUUAAUAGGCUUUGGAGGAUCUAUCGCGCUUAUGUGAAGGGAUAUUGA